UCUUUCUCACACUCUGUGGUGGUUGUUCCUUGUUUGGGCUGGGCCCGUCUGUUCUUCUUCCCCUCCCCGGAGCUUAACUUACCGACCGAAAGUAACUACGACUACAUCCGCCCUCUGCCACACUGCGCUACACCUCCGCUACACUCUUCUUCACUCUACAACUCAACCGCCCGAUUAGCCGCCGACGAUUCCUCGAUUCUAGCUCAUCUGCGCGCUCUCUUCUGUUCGAUACCGUCCCCCAUUUAUCCAUACAUACGGCAAACACCAUUUGAAGUUGAUUGUUUCUCCGGCUAGUUGAGCUGUGAGACAUUGGGUGGCACAAUCUUCGGACCGUAUAUAUACACACUGCCUGUGUGAGACAGCACCCGAGAGCGCGUCUGUCAAGCUUAAGAUUGGAUCAGUCUCAAGGCAAUUCCUGUCGUUGAACAUUUUGCCAAGGAGUCGCACUUGCGUCGACUAUUCACCGGGUCACCACUCGUUAUCAUUAUGUCCACCGCGGUUGCGCCUGUCCAGGCUGCUCCGCUUACUUCACCGCGCAUGACCCGUGAUGUGAGUCCGAAGAACUGCCCAACAUUGGCACCUGCGACCUCGAAUCAUCAGAAUAGCACAACGCCGCCUCGAUUGUCUGGUCCGUCACGGGAUGGGUCUACUAAAAGCUCACCUGUAGGAAGGAAACCGACUUCCCCAUCGUCUCAAAACGGAACUACUUCUUCUAAAGUCAUAGUGAAGAAGGAACCACCAUCAUCGCCUGCAAUGCAGUCCCACACUCGACCCCGUCCUCGACGACUAGAUCUCUCCACUAGUCUGCCUAACUCGGGAGGUCUGUCCGCUCGGGCCCCCGGCGGUCCGAUGACUGCCCGAGAUGGCCUCAACAUGCAGAAUGUCGGAAUUGCUUGCUUGUCCCCGGGUUUCCAAACCCACGAUCCAGUCAUGAGAGAACAACUUCAACGGAGCUUGUCGGUUCGUGAUCAGCAGAGAUCUAUAAUCGAGUCGCGACUGCAGAAAUCGGCGAAGGACGAUGGGCCAGAGGGUAUGAAGCCGUCAGAUUCGUUCGGACUCCCUAAGACCGCUGCCUCGAAGCGGAGACCACCGGGGCUGUCCAUUGUACCUCCAUCUGCAGCCCAAUUCGCAAAUGAGCGUGUUAUUCAGUCCGCACCUCUGAACCAGACAUUCACCGGUCGACAUGAGCCACAACCUUUGACCCGUCACAUUGUCAAUCAGAGUCCUACGCUAGGGUCAACCUCUCAUAUUCACCAUGUCCCUGCGACCCAAACGAAUAAUCGCCUUCCGCCCCUCUCGGAUGUUUUCGGAUCAGAUGCUCUGGGCAGUCGUGAUAGGGACAUCAAUCGGGGCCCUUUCUACCCUGGCGCGUCCGGCGCCAGCUCAUCUCAGUCAAACAACUUACCGCCCAUCCCAUCUCCAAGAAUGUCCCGUGAUUCCGCUCAUGUCCCCAAGCGGCCAAGAGAGUACCGCUCUGCUGAAGAGGCUGUUCAAGAGAUGUCGGGCGGCCGAGAGGAGCUUCUGCCUCGCAUUGUGCACUACGGCGGCCACCAACCACCAACCCCACCGUCUCCGCGCAUUGCCAAUGGACCUCCCAAGUCUGGCGCACCUCAUUCUAAUGCCACGCCUUCGACAACCGUGCACUCGCAGCCAGCUCUGUAUCCUUCGGACAGAUCGGCGCGUCGCCGUUCUCGAAAUGAAUACGAGCAUGAACAUGGAAGCCCCCCACUCGGCCAUGGCCCCGAGCAACACUAUCGCUCGAAUCCAGCUCUGACAUCUGGCGCAAGUACCAGCCGUGGUCCAUUUGGUGCUGGCAGAGACUCGCCCGAAACCCAGAGGAAAAAGAAAGAAGAAUUUCUCAGUCUCUGUGCCCGCGCAUGGGAUUUAUUCCAUUCUUAGAGGCCGUAAUAUCGCUUCUGCAUCAAAUCAGCUACAGGGCCACGCCGUGAGGCAUCACUCUAUGUGCGCAGCAUGUUUACUCUUCAGUCCA